UUUAAUUGGAAAUAUAAAUGAAACACCCUUAACUUUUGAUAUGCCUAACAAUAUGACAGUAGAAAAAACAGGUUCAAGGACAGUUAGCAUAUGUACUACAGGGCAUAAAAAAUCAAAUUUUACUGUGGUACUUUCUUGUAUAGCAGAUGGUAUUAUGAUUCAUACAAAUUGGAAAGAAUAUAUGAAUUUGGAUGAAAUGAUUUGUUAUUUAACAGAUUCUGUAAAAAAUAGAUUUGAUGAAAAAAAUACAAAUUUGGCUGUUAUUCCUGGUUGUCUAACAAGUAAAUUACAACCACUUGAUGUAAACAUCAAUAAAUUAUUUAAAAACAAGUAUUGUCAAUGUUAUAAUGAUUGGAUGGCUGAAGAAAUAAAAAAAUCAACUCCAACUGGAUAUAUACAAUGUCCUGCAUACAAUUUAGUUGCACAAUGGGUAAAAAUUUCAUGGGACAAAAUUGAUCCAAUGCUUAUACAACAUCGCACCUCAGGUGAUUAUAAUCUAUGA